AUGGCGUGCAGCUUCUCCCCUUCCUCCGCCACGAGGCUCCAGGCCGUGGACGCCGCGGCGGCGGCGGCGGGGGUGAAGAGUGGCAGGGUCCCCCUCAAGGCCUCCGUCGCCCCCGCCCAACAGAGGUCACUCGGUUGCUGCAGGGCGGCCGCGCGACAGGAAGGCGCUACACAGGAACCCAAUGUUGCAGUUUCUUCGGCCCGUGCACAGCUGGACCUCCUGGAACAACUGACGUCCCCUACACCUGAUGGCAUUGCUGGCCUAGAGAAUGGCAUGCCUACAGAACCGUUUCAGCGUUCUACUAUCCGUGAGCAACUGUCAGCACUAGCCAAUGGUAAGGUGGUCGACGAGUUCACCCUCCCACUGGGCAAGAAGCUGAAGGAAGGCCUGAAGAGCCUCAACAAACUCACCGUGUCACAGAGGAGGAACAUCAAGAGGCAGGCCCUGCUUACCCAGGUCAGUGGGCGGAAUGACUCGGUGUUCUUCGCAACUGUUGGGGCGUUUGUGCUCGUCCCGCCUUUCGCCAUUCUAGCUAUUGCUGUCAUAACUGGUUAUGUCCAGCUCUUUCCAUGA